AUGCCCACCAGCAGUGAGAAGCUUGCCCCUUCUCCCGCCCCCACAGACGCCAAGUUCAGGCUGGUCAUUCAUGGCGGCGCAGGGACGAUGGACAAGUCUCGCGCCACCCCGGAAUUGCGCAAACAGUACAAGGCUGCGUUGCGACACGCGCUGCUCGCCGGGUACGCCGUUCUGAGCGCAGGAGGGGAGGCCAUGGACGCGGCCGUUGCUGCAGUGUCAUCCAUGGAAGACUGCCCGCUUUUCAACGCCGGCAAGGGCGCCGUCUUCAACGUGGGCGGAAAGAACGAGCUUGAAGCAUCCCUCAUGCUGUCCAAGCCUCCUGCGAGCCACCCUCACAUCCCGCCGGAACGCCGCGGCUCGCGCGUGCGCUCUACCUCUCGCCCGACUCCGCCCCGCACACCAUGCUCUCCGGGGAGCCGCGAGGACCUCGGCAAGCCGCUCGGCAUCAAACUCGUCGACCCCUCCUACUACUUCACCGAGAACCGCUGGCGCGAGCACCGGCGCGGACUGGGGCUUCCCGAGGAGCCUCUUCCUCACGCCGAGACGCAUGACUUCGCCUGGGACGCCGACCUGCCGCUCGAGGAGAACGCGAACAAGCAAGUCCCGGACGCGCUUUUGCCGAACCCGAAGGGCACGGUCGGCGCGGUCGCGCUGGACGUGCGCGGAUGCAUCGCGGCGGUGACGUCGACGGGCGGGCGGACGAACAAGCUCGUCGGGCGCGUGGGCGACACGCCGAGCAUGGGGUGCGGGUUCUGGGUGGAGGAGUGGGAGGUCGACGGGUGGGCACGGAAGAUCUGGCGCCGCAUGCGGGGCGGGGAAGCACCGUGGCCAUGGUACUUCAUCCGGCUUGCGACGGGCGCGACAAUUGGACGGCGCAUGAAGUACCUUAACGAACCUCUUGAUGUCGCCGCCAAGGCGUGUGUCGAAGAACUCCGCCGAGACGGCGGGGUGGGAGGUAUCAUCGCCAUGGACAACACUGGGAACAUCACCAUGCCCCUCAACUGCUCCGGCAUGUACCGAGGAUUCGUUUUGGAAGACGGGACACCGAAGACUGCGAUUUUCGAUGACGAUGAACUGAAUUAA